GACAGUGUAUUUAUUGAUUCCUCCAUUGGGGGGCGUUAAAGUUGAUUCCCCCCCUCCUUUGUUGAGCGUCAGUGUGCCGUGGCCAACAACUGGCGACUGUACAGACUAUAAAGAGGAUGACCCGUCGAUCCGCAGCUUCAGGAGCGACACUUGGCGAGUAAAGAGACAAGAUGUCCCACAGAAAGUCCACACUGAUGCCAGGUGACGUGGAGAACCUGCGGAGGAGAUCCGCGGCGGAUUCCUCAGAGAACUUUGCGGAUCCUGAGCAGCAUCACCGGUUUUCACGUCAACAGCUCCAAACUGAUAGACUCUCCGUUGGCCCCCAGCAUCCAGAGCUGGGUGCAGUGGAGACGCCCUCCCCAGAUGCUUCUGCACAUCACUUCUGCCACUACACACCAAAAUGUUUCCUCGCUGUCCACAGGGGAGGGCACAGCGGCUCAGCCCGGUCCACUCCAUCGCGGUAUGGAGAAGACGGUUGGCAUGAAGCCACCACAAAGACCACAAUCAGAGUUGAGAAUGAGGUGGAGGCACAUAGGGAGGCUAACAACUACAAGUUUGGCUUCAGAAAGUGGAAGGGAAACGUGACAGAGAAGCCCAUCGAAGACAGAUCAGAAAUCAUCAAAGAGCUGUACUCUGAUCUCAGUAUUGUUAAGCCCCGAGAAGGCUCAGUGGUCACCUUUGGGAACAUAAUUUACGUAUUUUUAUUUGGAUGGUGGAUAUCUUUAAUCUACUUCCUCAUUUGUCCUAUAAUGUUUCUAACAAUCCUUGGUGCUCCCUAUGGCAAACUCUGUUGGAAGAUGGCACUGUACUUUAUUUGGCCAUUUGGGAAGUCAUUAGACAAGGCCGGUGAUGUACUGAAGAGUUCCACUUUGAAGCCUCCAAAGAUUGAGGUCAUUCCUGAAGAGGGGGACACUGAAGACGGCAAAGACCUUGUCAGGGACAAGGACUCUGCUCCCCUUCUGAUGUCUUCCCCAAUCCCUGUUGACAUCCCCGUCCCAGAACCACCCGCUAGAAAAAUUUCAAAGCACUGGUGCCGUAUCAGUACUUAUGUUUGGCUGUUGCUGGGUUACCCUGUCCUGGCUGUGGUCCACUGCUUGGCCUGUGUGCUCUCCUGGCUGCUGGUCUUCACCAUCCCUGUAGCCAAGAUGAAUGCACGCACACUGACCACUGUCCUCCUCAUGGCACCUGAGGACAUCCAGAUCCACAGAGUGGAGAAGACACGUGCAUGUGAGACCAGAGUCAUCUUAUGCUGUUAUCAAGCAUGUAAUGUGUAUUACUACAAAUACACUGUCCAAGGAAUCAACAUUUUUGCUCUUAACCUGCUUCCCCUGGUAUUGAUCACUCUGAUUAUUGGCUAUACUGACCAUGAACACAAUUACUUCAGUGCAGAAACUAAGUUUGCAACAGCCAUCACUUCCAUCAUUCCUCUAUCCUACUAUAUUGGCAUGGGAAUAGCUAGCAUUUCUGCACAGAGUAACUUUGCAGUGGGAGCAGUGGUGAAUGCAACUUUUGGCUCCAUCACAGAGAUGACGUUCUACAUCACUGCACUGCUGCAGGGACACCAUGCUGGCACCAAAUGUUAUGAAGAGAUUGUUAAAGCAGCGCUCACCGGGACCUUACUUGGGUGUAUACUGUUCAUACCUGGUAUCUGUAUGAUCAUCGGAGGCAUUAAACACAGGGAGCAACGAUUUAACAGUCGUUCAGCUGGAGUGAGCUCAGCUUUGCUCUUCAUAUCCAUAGGGGGUGUGUUUGCGCCCACCCUCUUCUCAAAAGCCUUCGGUAAUCUUGUGUGUGAGAGCUGCAGCAACAGCCCAGGCAACGCCAGCAUCUCGUUCAUCUGCAAGGACUGUCACUACGACACGGGUCAAACAGAGCAACAGUCUAUUCUCUCCCACACUGAGCCUCUGGUGUACACAAUUUCUGUGUUGCUGCCUGCUGCAUACCUAAUUGGCCUCAUCUUCACACUGAAGACCCACUCCCACAUAUAUGAUAUCCAUAUCAGCGAUGGCCAAGGGGGCCAUGCACAUGGUCAGUACACACUAGGGGGUACCUGCUUCUACCACCCCACUAGUGAGGUCACUGCUGGCCAUCUACUCGCUGCCAACUCGUGUAUUAAUGCCAGCUCUAUUGUCACCAGCCACGUUGCAACAGGUCACCACGUGGUCCACUGGUCGCGGUGGAGGGCUCUUGCAGUGCUGAUUGUUGCCACAGUGCUGAUGGCCUGCUGCGCUGACCUCAGCACAGAGAACAUCGAGCCCAUGCUGACCCACUCCUCCAUCUCCCAGUACUUCAUUGGUGUCACAGUGUUGGCCAUGGUGCCAGAGCUUCCUGAGAUUGUCAAUGGGAUCCAGUUUGCUCUGCAGAACAACAUCAGCCUGAGCCUUGAAGUGGGCAGUUGCAUUGCUGUGCAGGUCUGCAUGAUUCAGAUUCCAUUGCUCAUCCUCUUCAAUGCAUUCUAUGAUGUUGGAUUUGUCCUUGUGUUCAGUGACAUUCAUCUGUGGGCCAGCAUCUUCAGUGUCAUCCUGGUGAACUACAUCUUCAUGGAUGGAAAAUGUGAUUACUUUCAGGGCACCGCUCUAGUGGUGGUUUAUCUCAUCCUUUUGGCCCUUUACUUCUUUGCUCCUUCUCCACGCUCUUGUUGAUCUGCUUGUCAAGAAAAAUCCUGAAGCCCCAAAAAUUGAAUGCCACUGAAUACAGUAAUCCUUCAUCUUCAGGUGGUGUGGGCUCAGUGGUACAAAAGAAAGAAAAAGAACUGGAUUUAAUUUUGAAGUGUCACAAUGGAGCUGUAAGUGAAGAGCUGUAAAUAUAUGUUAUUGGAUGGUGUUUUGUGUGCUUGAAAUUUUUUCCCAGUUCUUGCUGUCAGAAGAAUCUGUCACUCUGAGUCAUUGUCUUGCAUUUCAAUGUAAAUUUGUGGUGUUAUUAUUGUAAUAUGUGGUUUGUAUUGGACAUAAUAAAUGUAUGGAGAUAGAUUUGUUUCAAUAUUUUUGUGUGACCGGAUGAAUAAUCUGUGUGUAAAUGUGUUAUCUGUAAAUAUAAAACACCUUUCACAAAUUAAAAAAAAAAAAAAAAAUGUAUUUGCAAAUUCACAAAAAUAUCUUGCAAAUAUAAAACGGAUUUGCAGGGGCGUCGUGUGGCGUAGUGGUCUAAGCAGGCGCUCCAUGUGUAGAGGCUACAGUCCUCGCUGCAGCUGGCCCCGGUUCGAGUCCCGCAUCGGACGGCCUUUACUGCAUGUCAUUCCCCCUCUCUGCCUCCCCAUUUCCUGUCUCUCUACUAUCCUGUCCAAUAAAGGCAUAAAAAGCCCAAAAAAA